AUGUCGAGGUGGCUACCAGUAGUCUUUAUUGUUGCUCUGGUCGUUCUUUGCAAAUUCUUUCUGCUGGAGCUGUAUUUCUAUCAACAACAACAACAGGACCAACCGGUCAAUGUAGACCCUAAUAGAUCCAAUACAAAUAAUCAUCAACUUGUGGUUGCAUCACGAAGCACUAACAGCAAUUUUAAAUUCAGGAGCACAGCAAAAGUUGAAACCUUUGCACAGAAUACUAUUUAUGGACUCUCAUCAAAGAAUUACUUCUCCUUUCCUUUCACCUAUGGCUAUUGGAAGUUUGAAUUUCAAACAAGCGUACCAGGCUAUGUUAUUUCCUAUCUUCCUACAAGCAACCUUCCUCUAUUUAACUCGACCAAAAAUCAAGCAAUGCUUUCAGUGAUUGAUGUUGGAACGACCGAUUACACAAAAACAGACUACAUGUUUGGACUCUAUGAUACAGCCUAUUCUUUUGUGUUAUUUAACCCUUUGGAUAGGCCUGUUGAGUUUACCAAGCUUUCAAUUCUCCAACUGUACAGACUCAUGACUUUUAACCAACCAAAAUCAUAUUCUACUCCUAGCUUGUUAACAGAUUACUACUUUUGCCCUAAUUGUCUUUCUUCAGAUUCUUCUAUUGAUUUCAAUACUGAUAGUUUUGGGUUAGUGAUUAGUGCACAACCAGGAGGAACUUUACAGUAUCUUGAUGCAUUCAUUGGUGUCAAUAAGAAAGCAUCACCAAAUGGAAACUAUGAUUUACAACGACGAGUGACAUUUAAGCCUGAGUCGACAACGUCAACAAUUCCUCUUGAUAAUGCAAAUUAUCCUCUUGCGUCCAUUUAUGUUUCUGUUGUGAUGAGCGGCUGCACUGGAGUUUGUUCUUAUUCCCUGCAAAUUGUAAGAACUUCGAGAAAGAGCGCUUUUGAUACCACUGGCCUUGCUGUUGGAAUGGUGUGUAUUGGUGUAUGCUUAAUUGGAACAUGUGUCGGUAUAGUGAUGAUGUUAAUUCUCUAUGCAUGUUACAUUACCAAAGAUUCAUCUCAUCCAAAGAAAGAGAAUCUUAAGCAUAUCCCUGCUCCAUCCGUGAAAGAAACAGCAAAAUACUCACCAGUAGUGGUUGAAAGUGAUGCUGUUGGAGCUAUAUCUAGCAAUAAUGCGAUUUCGUUCCAAACUGUUAGUGAGGAUGGAGAUUUGAAAGAUCAGCAACAAAAUGGCAUGGCUACCCAGCCAAUGAACAACCAGCAUUGGAAAUCCACGAAUAUUAGUCCUCAUAUUGAAGAUAAGAUCAUUUCGCUGAAAUCGAGCUUUUUGCAAAAGUCACUUAGAUCUUCCACUCGACUGUCCUCAGUGAAAUCUUCGCCUAAACUCAAGCCAAAUCCAACAUAUCUGACACCAGGUGACACUCCCACAGACGGUAUGAGGUUGUCAGUGGCUUCUAAUUCUGACAUGUUCUAUGUGGAAAGAAUAAGACGUGAUAGUGAAGUGGGGCUCGACUAUAUAGUUCCAACUAACAUUGAUACUUACAAAUCUGCGUCUGAUUACAACUUGGGAACUCGAGGAUCUAUUGAUGAUACAAAUGAUAGCAACAACGAUACAGGCAAUGGGAGGUUUUAUAAUGAAAAUAGAUUGAAGGAUAGAUAUCAUGUUGAAAAAUUACUUGGCCGUGGAUCCUUUGCAACCGUGUAUCUUGCUUUGGACGAAAAAACAAAUCUUCAUGUUGCUGUAAAAUCUAUUCACAUUGACGACUAUAGAGAUGAAAAUCUUGUAGGGUCUGUGAGAGAGGAAGGGUUGAGGUUGACCGAAUGCAUGCACCCUCACAUUAUUACCAUAACAGACGUGUUCCCUUGCACGAUUCUUCAGUCAGUUUGCUUUGUCAUGCACUAUUACAAAUUUGGUGACCUUAAGACAUUUAUUGAAAGAAACCCUGACUUUGUUUUUACCAAAAAAAUCAUGGUGAGCAUUAUUCAACAAUUAUCGAAUGCUCUGUUUUAUUUGCAUGAAGUGAAAUCUAUCAUUCACAAUGAUCUCAAGCCCAGUAAUAUUUUCCUCGAUGAAAUUGAUCGAACGAGAGAAUGGGUACAUGUUGCUAUUGGUGAUUUUGGUGAAUCUACUAAAUAUUCUCCAACUUCGUUACUUCAUUUCCGAACACAAUCGAAUGCUCCAACAAUGAAGGGUACCUUGGUGUAUUUGGCUCCAGAGAUUAUUUGUGGAAAAGGAGAUCUUUCUCAUGCGAGUGAUAUCUGGUCAUUUGGAUGUACAGUUUAUCAGAUUAUUACGGGUGACUUUAAAACACAACUAUCCUCCUGGUUUAUUAAGGAUGGAGUGCCUAACGUUUUACUCGAGCAAGCUGCUCACGAGAGGAUCAAGAACAAUAUGAAGCAGGCUAGGCCUCAAUAUGACGAUUACCUGUUUGAUUUGGUAUUACAAAUGCUUAAAUGUCAGCCCAAUGAAAGAUCCAGAGCCUUUGACAUUAGACAUUGGUGCCAAGACCUGUAG